AUGGACAAUCGCGCAAAGACGCUGAAAGAAGGCAACCGUCACCAGCCAGGUAGGAACCCACCAUCAGCUUCCGUCAGAAUCUUGCAGGUCUCAGUUCCGACGGAGAAUCCCUGA